CCUAAUCAGCUGUACUACAGUCUACUGUAAAUGAUCCAGAACAUUCUGUCAAAUUUGUACUGUGCAAAAUCUUCGGAUAUUAACAACUAUUCAUUAAACUCUACUACUGAUUAAGGCUGAAUGUUGUGCCAGAGUGGUUUUUAUUGAAUAAAGAGUCUGCUUUUUUGGGUUUUUUUAAAAAAAAACAAGGUCCCAGGUUCCCAACACAAGGCCCCUGUAUAAGAGCAUCUUCAGUCCAGAGACAGGCAGAAACCUCAACCUGUGCUCACAUCCUGAAAACAGGCCGAGAGCAUGUGACGUUUGCUUUCUGAGAUCCGCUUUUGAAGGUUUCCAGAUGAUACUUCCUGGGCGCAGGUUAAACGACCUCAGGAUGGCAUGAAACUGUUAACCAUUACAAGGCGUAGUCUCUCGGCCGUGGUGCCGUACAGACAAAUAAAAUGAAAAUCAAAUCACAUCCUGCAGAUAAGACAUGAUGUGAUAUUUAUUUUGGAGUUCAUUCUGCAGACACUGCCAUGGUAAAGCCACUGUGCUGACAAUGUUUUAUUAUAAACACACAUUGAAUAUCAGAAAGGAAGCAAUGUGUGUGGCGAUCCAACUAAAGGUGUAUUGUAAGAGAUGUUGAAUCAGCUGAGAUGUAGUAUUCCUGAGGAAGCGGUCCAAGGAUCCAGCUCGACCCUGACCAGGAUGAAGUGCUUUCCGGAGAUGAGCGAAGGAAUUGUUAUAUUAGAUAAUGGAAUUUUUUGGUUGCUAGCUAGCAAACAGUUAUAAUAGUUAGCUAGAUAGUUGUAUCUGCUUGGAAAAGCAACCAUUUGAGGCGGUCAGGAAAUGGUUACGCUGCAUUAUUACUGAAUUUGAAAUGUGUUGAGAAAAUAUGUGAUAAAUAAAUAUAGGAAUGAUUGCAUAGGUGGCAAAGCAGGUAGUGUUGCUGCCUCAGAGCUCCAUGGUCCUAGUUUUGAUCCUCCUGAACUGAGAGUCUGGUUUGUGUGAUGUUUGUCAUGUUCUCCCAGUUCUUCAUGGGUUUAUAUCCGUGUUCUCCAGGUUUAGCAUAACGUGAAAUGAAAGCAUAUGUGUGCACGAUGCUUUGUAACCGACUGGAGACCCAUCCAGGAUAGUGUUCCUGCCUCACAACCAACGUUCCAGGGAUGAUCUCCCAAUUCACUACCAUUCUAGCCAGGCUUGAUCAAUAAUCUUUACUGGAGCUGGGAGGAAACCAGUAAACCCAAGAGGUGAGCGUGUGAUCCUCACACAGACUCUAAGCUGACCUUGGAUCGAGGUCGGCAUGACCCACGUAUUUAAUUCCUUUCUUCAGGAUCAUCCUGCUCAUGGGAAAAGGUAAAUAAGUAGAUAUUCCUUUUUUCCUCCUUUCUUUCUUUACAUUUACUGGAAGUUUUUUCGUGUGUGUGUGUGUUAUAAUGUACGUCUGUCACUCAAGUGCUCCAUUUCUUGUGAUUACUGACCCCUCCGUUUGACUAGAAAAGCAAACAUGGCGGCAGACACGGCAGAGGAAACAACUCGCUCAGGUCUCUGCGUGUUUUUAAAUCACCGUGGACGUUACAGAAACCUUAAGUAAACGUUAUAUAACAGUGCCCCCAGACUGUAAAAUCCCUUUUCCAUGGAAUAGUAACCCACCCCGGAGCCCUUUACACACUACCGAGGCUGAUUUCUCGGAAACUACACAGCUUCGAAGAACCCAAGUCUUCCUCCGAACUGGUCACGUCACAGCGCGGCGUGUGAUUGGCCGCGUGGGCGUUUGGGGGCGUGUCCACGCGUUCAUUCACACAAAAUAACCCCGAAAGACUUUUCUCAGUAUUAAAUCAGUGGUCGCUCUUUGGGAUAUUAUCUCCUAAACUGCGGGUGAAACUUUGUUUUUCUUUCUUCAGCAGUUCACAAGGGGGUGAAUCAGGAAAGGCUGAGUGGAAGAUGAAUCCAGGAGGACGGAGACUGAAGCAGUGGCUCAUAGAGCAGAUUAACAGUACUAUUUAUUCAGGUUUGCAGUGGGAGGAUGAAGCUCACACCAUGUUCCGCAUUCCAUGGAAACAUGCAGGGAAACAGGACUAUAACCAAGAGGUGGACGCUUCCAUUUUCAAAGCUUGGGCAGUGUUUAAGGGCAAGUUUAAGGAAGGGGAUAAAGCUGAACCGGCGACGUGGAAGACCAGACUGCGCUGUGCGCUCAACAAAAGUCCAGACUUUGAGGAGGUCACAGAUCGCUCGCAGCUGGACAUCUCUGAGCCGUACAAGGUGUACAGGAUCGUCCCUGAGGAAGAGCAGAAGUGUAAAAGCAGCAACUUGAACAUGAACUGCUCCACCGACGUCGUCGAUAUGGACUGCAGCCCAGCCGUGGAUCAACUCAUCAAAGAGGUGCCUAACGACGAAUACACAGGCAUUAUCAAGAGAAGCCAUUCUCCUAUGGACGACAUCUGCAAUGCUCAGUCCCCUCAGGAGUUCUGGCAGCAGGGUUCUCCUAACGGACUUCCUAUUCAUCUGGAAGCAUCACCAAUAAGCUCAUAUAACACUGGUUUUACUCAGAUGAUGAUCUGUUUUUAUUAUGGUGGAAAGCCCAUGGGUCACACACUGACCACUCACAGUGAUGGCUGUCGGAUCUCGCCGUGCCAGCCCCCCGCCCCGAUGUACGCCCCUGACAGCCUUCAGACCGUACGCUUCCCACCCGUGGAACUCAUCGAGAACGAGCGUCAGCGCUACGUCACCCGCAAGCUGUUCGGGCACCUGGAGCGCGGCGUUCUGCUGCGCGCCAACCGCGAGGGAAUCUUCAUCAAACGCCUGUGUCAGAGUCGAGUGUUCUGGAGCGGCCAGGACUCCCAGUACGGCUCCGGCGUCAACAAACUGGAAAGAGACUCUGUAAUCAAGAUCUUCGACAACAACAGGUUUUUGCAAGCACUGCAGAUGUAUCAGGAUAAUCAGUACCUGGCUCCGGACCCCACGGUCUCGCUCUGUUUCGGAGAAGAGUUUGCUGACUUCAGUACUGCCAAGAACAAGCUGAUCAUUGUGCAGGUGACGUCUGUGAAAUGUCAGCAGCUGCUGGACGCAAUGACCACUCACCGAGCUCAGUACAGCAGCAACCUGGAGAUCUCAGACGAGCUUCCCGGAGAUCAGGUGGCUCGCAUUUACCAGGACAUUUGCAACUAUUCGGUUCCUCAGAGGCCUCCGUGCUACAGAGACAACCUGCCCAUCAUUGCCUGAACCAGUAAAUCCAGCUCAGAUCAAGAAACGUCUCACAAACAGACAACGACGAAACCAUUCAGAAGCAUUAUCAGUGUUGUGGGGUUGAAUAAAGCUGCAUGUAGCGUCGCGUUUGCUCAGGAAAUCUCGUCAUGAACAUGUUCUCAGGGAAGGUUGUUCUUUCUUCUUUAAAAAAAAAAAAAAAAAAAAGUAUAUUUUCUUUAUAAAAUGUCUUGGAAUUACUUUUAUUUUUUUUUGCAGUUUUAUACACAACCUGGCUUUUUGUGGGUAAUUCUCUUGAGCUAGUAAGUAGAUAGGUUUUACUAUCUUUGGCUUGGUGUAUUGUGAAUUUUGAAAUAAAGAAGCA